AUGCUUUUGUAUUUUUUUUAAAAAUUCUAUUUUUCUCAUUUUUCUCAUCAUCAUCAUCUAAUAUUACCAAAGCAUGUGGAGAAUAAUUGGUUGGGUACUCGUGUUCUUGUUCCCUCUGUACAUGGUAUAUUUGACAGGAGGACCCGAUAAAGGACCUGAAGAAAACACCAAAAGACAGGUCGAAAAGUCAGUUGAGACACCAACAAAGAAGAACAAAAAGAAGAAGUCAAAGGCUACCGAGGACAAAGUUGAAAAGUCGGUCGUGGAGCCAAAAAAGAAAAAUAAGAAGAAGAACGCUGCUGCUAAUGCUGCUGCAACUGCUGUUGAAAAACCAAAGGUUGCCGAACAACCCAAGGCCACCGAGCAACCAAAGGCUGAGCCUGUGGUGAAAAAACAAGCUACAAAGAAGCAACAGAAAAAGAAGGAGCAGGUCAAACAGACUGAACCCAAGAUGGAACAUGUUAAGCAGGUUGAACCCAAACAGGAGAAAGAAGCUUUGAUUAAAAAGGAAGAAGAGAAGCCUGUAGCAAAAGAAGAGAUUGUCACGCCCACGAAAGAAAUUGAUGAACAUAUGGAUCCUACUGCCAAUUAUGCGCGUGUGUUACGUAUUCGUCCUGAAGAAAUUGAGGAUGAAUGGGAGUCUGUGCCCUAUGAAGAGGGAUGGAGUCAAGUCAAGACUCGUCGCCCUGCUAGUGCUUCAUCCGGCUCUAGUUCUAAAAUCGACGUGAAUGCCGAGAUAAAUAUGACUACAGCAGUUUUGAACUCCCACCUUGAUAAGAAACAACGCGAAAAUCUUGCACGUACGCAAAAAAAGAAGGAAGCAAAACUUGCAGCUGAUAAAUUACAGGAAGAAAGACUCAAGAAGCACAAGAAGGAAUUAGAAAAGGUCAAGAUUCAAGAAUUCUAUUCUUCUGGAAAAGGCAAGAAUACACCUUGGGGUAAGAACGGUCAGAGAUCAAAAACCCCUCAAUCUGUUGCCAGCAUAAAUGAAUUCGGUCAAUUAAUUUGGGACUAGUAUGACCAGAGUAAAUAGCAGUAAAUUAGAAGAGAAAAACAAAUCAUAAUAAAUAAUAUACAAUAAUGACUUUAUUUUUUUUUUGUCUACUGCUUUUGCAACUGUGGGUUUAUUACAAAAGAUGGAUGAUAUAUAUUGAA